UUAUUAAGAUAAAUCUUAGACUUAUCUUGAAGCCGUAGAUGGCUUGUAAUCGUAUUAAUCCAAUUGUUACUCUUAUUUCAAUACACGCUUAUAAAUCGCCAUAUUUAAGUCAACGAGAAUAUAACGUUUGAAAUAAACAAUACCUCCAAAGAAUAUAAAACAUGGGUAUUGGAUGAAGAUAAACAAUUCUUAAUGGAAAAAUUAAAUAAUUAUGAGGAUUUAUACUCAAACUGUGAUAAUUCUAUUUGGCUUCGAAGUUGUAUCAAAGAAACCUUACACCCUAUCCAUGGCAAAUCUAAAGGCUUAAUACCAAAAUGGCUAUCUGGUUCACUAUUGAGAAAUGGUCCCGGAUGUACAAAAAUAGGGGAAACAGAGUUCAAACAUUUAUUUGAUUGUUCUGCUCUAUUACAUAGAUUUGAAUUUAAAGAAGGAAAUGUAACUUACCAGUGUAAAUUUUUGGAAUCAAAUACUUACAAAAAGAAUCAUGCAGCCCAAAGAAUUGUUGUGACAGAAUUUGGAACCAAAGCAUGCCCUGAUCCGUGUAAAACAAUUUUUAAUAGGUUUGCUAACAUUUUUAAAUGGGAAAUGGAACAAACUGAUAAUGCAAUGAUAUCAAUCUAUCCAUUUGGUGAUGAAUAUUAUUCUUUAACUGAAUAUCCUGUAAUGAUCAGGAUAGAUCCUAAAACGCUUGAAACAUUAAACAUUGUCGAAAUUUCUAGCAAAACUGGAAUAGUACAUCAUUCUGCACAUCCAAUUUUAGAUAUUAAUGGAGAUGUUUACAAUUUAGCAACUAUACCUAAAUGUGAUGGAAUUUAUUACUGCGUGGUGCGAUUUCCUGGACGAGAUCCAAAAUCAGGGAUCCGUUAUUCAAAAUUAAAUCAGAUGUUUGAUCAAUUGCACGUGGUUGCUUCAAUUAGAAGUCGUUGGUUCUUACAUCCAAGUUACAUGCAUACUUUUGGAAUGACAGAACACUAUUUUAUUGUAGUAGAACAACCGUUGAGCGUAUCUGUACUAACAGCUCUUGUAAAAAAAUUUAAAGGAGAACCACUCUCUUCAGCUCUAAAAUGGUUCCCAGAUUACCCAACUUUAAUUCAUUUAGUAUCGAGAACAGAUGGAAGUACAAUUUUUACAUACGAAACGGAUGUUUUUUUUUAUUUACAUAUUAUUAACCAAUAUGAAGAAAACAACAAUGUAGUGAUAGACAUAUGUUGUUAUCGGGAUCCAAAUAUGAUAAAUUGCAUGUACAUUGAAGCUUUAAAAAAUCUGAAUAAAAAUCCUAACUAUGCUGCUAUGUUUCGGAGUCGACCGUUAAGAUUUAUACUUCCUUUGAAAAAAUCAUCUGAUAAUUCACAGUUAGAGCAACGUUUGAUCAUAAGUCCUGAAAUUUUAUGUAAUUUUGGCUGUGAAACGCCUAGAAUUAAUGACAAAAAUAUGGGGAGAAAGUACAGAUAUUUUUAUGCGAUAUCUUCGGAUGUAGAUGCUCAAAAUCCAGGAACGUUAAUUAAAGUAGACAUAAGUAGUAAAACAUGCGUCACAUGGUGUGAGGACAAUGUUUACCCUAGUGAACCAAUUUUUGUGCCUACACCAAAUGCUCAGGAAGAAGAUGAUGGUGUAAUAUUAUCGUCAAUAUUGUGGGGAGGUUCAGAGCAAGAGCAUCGAACGGGAGUUGUUGUAUUGAAUGCUAAAACAUUUAAAGAGUUGGGCAGAGUUAUAUUUGACACUGAAUCACCUGUACCGAAGUGCUUACACGGGUGGUACGCUAAUUUCCCAUAAAAUAUAACUUGAUAAACUUGUCAUAAUGCAUAUUAAAUUGUCAUGAGGUAUUAAUUAUUUUUUAUAUUGUAUAUAUUUCACAAUAGUUAAAUAUUCAGAAUUAUAAAGAAAAUUGUAAGGUUUUUUAAUUAAAUUUAUUAAAUAAAAAUAUUAUUAUAAUAUAAAUAAUAUAGAAAAAUACAGAAAAUGUUAAAAUAUUUUA